GUUGCCACUGUUGGAUGAGCUAGCAUCCUGUAGGAGAAGAUAAAUCCUCGAAAAAUGUUCAGAGUGGACUUCCUUCUUCGACUCUUGGAUAAUUGUAUAAUGUUCGUGUUUCAGGGUCUUUCAGUUUUUUCCUGUGGAGGCCCAGCAGCUUUCAAUGGGUAAAGAAGAGGUUUUCCAUGAGCAGGAGAAAGGCUCCAGCAUGAACCAGGAGAUUACAGAGUCUCCACACUUUAAAGAGGAACCAGAGGAACUGCAGAUAAAUCAGGAGGGAGAGCAGCAUCACCAACCAGAGAAUGCCAACAUGAUCAAGUUCACUUUCAUUCCUGUCACUGUGAAGAUUGAAGAGGAUGAGGAGAAUCCUCAGUCCUCACAGAUUCAGCAGGGACGGUCUGAACAGAUGGGAACAGGAGCUGAUGGAGAGGACUGUAGAGGACCAGAAGAAGCCAGGUACUAUGAUCCAGAGAGGGAUUUACUGCCAGAGACUGAGGUCAAGAGAGAGGACUCCUCUGAGGUUGAGACUGAUGACAGUGCUGACUGGAAAGGGACAUCUAGACACCAGACAAGUUUAGCCUCUGUGGAAUCCAUCAAAAAUAAGAGAAGGAAGACUGAUAGGAAAACACAUCACUCCUCUGAGUUUGUUCAAACAUUCAGAGAGAAAGGGCAUCCAAAAGAAUAUGCAAUAAUUCAAAAAGCGGAAAAACCCUUCAGCUGUUGUAAGUGUGGUAAAAGAUUUUCAUAUCAAACAAGUUUAACCAGACACAUAACAAUACACUUAGGAGAGAAACUCUAUGGCUGCUCUGAGUGUGGUAAAAGAUUUUCCUAUAGAGCAAGUUUGAACAGACACAUGAGAAUACACUCAGGAGAGAAACCCCUUGGCAGCUCUGUUUUUGGGAAAAGAUUUAACCAGAAAAGAAAUCUGACUAAACACACGUUAGAUCACACCAGACAGAAACCCUAUAGACACUCAAAAUAUGGUAAGAGAUUUAAGCUUCCUCAAUCUCUGGCAAGUUUUAGGACACCUCGUGUUAGUGAGAAACCUUUUGGUUACUCUGAGUGUAGUCAAAGAUUUAACAAAAAAUGUCAUGUUACACAUUAUAUGAGAAUUCACACAGGAGAGAACUCCUUCAAUUGUGUUGAGUGUGCAAGAAGUUUUAAUCACAAUGGAAAUCUGACCAGACACAUGAUAGUUCACACUAGACAGAAACUCUCCAGCUCCAUUGAAAGCAGUCGAGAAUUUAACCUGAAAGAUGAUUUGACAAACCAUCAGAGAACUCACACAUCAGAGAAACCUUUCAGCUGCUCUGAGUGUGGUAAAUGUUUUAGCAUUAAAAGGUAUCUGUCCAGACACAUGUUAGUUCACACUAAAGAGAAACAUUUCAGCUGCUUUGAGUGUGGUAAAAAAUUUCACCUUAAAAGUACUUUGAUCAUACACAGAAAAAGUCAUAUAGGAGGGAAACCAUUUGACUGCACAGAGUGUGGUAAAAGAUUUACCCUUAAACAUCAUUUGAAGGGCCACAUGAGAACACACUCAGGAGACAAACCCUUCAGCUGCUUAGAGUGUGGUAAAAGAUUUACCCGCCAAAGUUCUGUAACCACACACAUGUUGACUCACAGUAGACAGAAGCUCUUCAGCUGCUUUGAGUGUGGUAAAAAAUUUAGCCUAAAAAGAACUUUGAUUUCACACAGAAGAAUUCAUACAGGAGAGAAACCAUUUGACUGCUCAAAGUGUGGUAGAAGAUUUGCCCAAAAACAUCAUAUGGAGGGUCAUAUGAGAACACACUCUGGAGAGAAGCCCUUCAGCUGCUCUGAGUGUGGUCAGAGAUUUACCCGACAAGGUUCUGUGGCCAGACAUAUGUUAGUUCACACAGGACAGAAGCCCUUUAGAUGCUCUGAGUGUGGUAAAAGUUUUAGUCUUAAAACUUAUUUGACUGCUCACGAGAGAAAUCAUACAGGAGAGAAACCCUUCUGGUGCUCUGAGUGUGGAAAAAGUUUUAACAAAAACAGUUGUCUUUCCAGACAUAUGUUAGUUCACACUAAACAGAAGCUCUUCAGCUGCUUGGAGUGUGGCAGAAGAUUUAGCCUUGAGAGUAAUUUGGCCAAACACAGGAGAAUUCAUUUGGGAGUGAAACCCUUUGAAUGCACAGAGUGUGGUAAAAGAUUUGCCCAAAGAGUUGACCUGACCAGACAUGUGUUGGUUCACAGUGAACAGAAACCCUUUUAUUGCUCUGAGUGUGGAAAAGGAUUUAACAGACAACGUUCUCUGACCAGACAUAUGUUUCUUCACACUCGACAAGAGAGAGAAAAUCUUUAGCUGCUGUUACUUUGUUUAAUUAUUCUCUGAAAAAGCUUAUUUGGCACUUUACAGUGCUUUGACACCAUUCCGAUUGAGUGCUUUUGACUAAUAGUUUCCUCAGCUGUAUCAAUGACUCACAAGUGUGAUGACAGUAAGGCUUCAGAACCAAACUGAGGAGUAAAUGGAGUCAGAAACAGGAGCUGAUGAAGAGGGUUGUGGAAGAUCAGAACCAGCAUCCAAAUUUGACGCAUAGAGUUAUUUACACCUAGAGACUGAGGCCAUGAGUGUCGACUCUUCUGAACCUGAGAUCAAAGAUUGUGUUGAUAAUUGUAAGGAGGUGAGAGAACACAAGUAAUGUUUAAUCUCUGAGAUAUGAAUAAUCUUUGGUGAUAUGAGAUGUAACGCUACUCUGAGUCUCACAGAGAGAAACCAUAUCAAUGAUGCAAUACUUCAAUGUUUUUUUUUUUUUUACAGGAAUACAAGAACUGUUUGUAUUUUUUAUUUAUUGUUUUUAAUGGUCAUAACUCUAGAAAGAAACAUUUCAGCCUUGAGACAGAUUCUAGUUCUGUUGUUGACAUGAACCCAUGGAGGACAGAAAGACUGUUUCGCUCACACCACAGGGUAGAAAACCUCUCAGAUCUGACAGAUGUUGUGAAUCCUUGAGACUCUAUGUAUUAGUUUAAAACAGAUCCUCUACAGAACUACAGAACUGUACAAAAUUGACAUAUUUUCCAUGUAAUCACCGACUAAUAUGAAUUGAGUUGUAACUGAGUCAAAAGGUGUCCCAUUUAAUUCUAAUGUCAUUUCUGGCUCAAGCUUGCUCCUUUGGGCUGCAGUGUUCAACAGCUAAUGUUAGACAAAAAUGUGUUAUCUACUUUGAAAAUCAUCAGUA